GUCAGAUCGGAAGUGGCGUUGUUGCAACGCUGAACGUCGGCGUGACAUCUUACAACAGUUACCGGCACGGUUGGAAAGCCAUGACAACAGACUCCUCACUCCUCAACUCUGAACUGCAGUUACAGCAGCAAGAGGAGCUGUAUCAACAGCUGCUGUUACAGACAAUGGGAAACAUGCAGACUGAAAAUCCAGACUCUAAAGUAAUCCGACCACAACCUGGCAUCUGUGUGAAGACCCUCUCAGAGCCAGACAAGCAGAAAGUCUUUGUAAACAUCUGUCAGUCAAACUCAGUCCCACCUCCUCCAGAACUCUCUAGAGAGGAGCUUGUGGAGCUGCUCCAAUCAGAAGAUCCCAGUGGCUACAGAGUUCCUAUGAGCCUUGGCGAGCCACACACAGAAAUAGACAACAGCUCUCAGGGUUGCACAGCUUAUGACGUGGUCAUCAAUCAGGAGUUCUUCCAGAGGUGUCAGAAGGAUCCCUUGUUCCAACAGUUUGUUAUUCUGGUCUCCUUAGAGGGUUUGGAAAACAAGUACAGCUUAGAGCUAAGCAGAGACUGGAAGGUACUCAAGAACAGAAAGUUCUUGGGUUCUGUUAAUGAGCAGAACAUCCGGACAAAGAGCAGGCCGGUGAUUCAAGAGCUGCAGCCUCAGGAGAGCUCCACUGCUACGGUCAAAAGACCAGAGUUCACUUUGCUUGUGGAGCCUCCUGCUGGUGACCAUGAGUACCUCAUUGCAGAAAUAAAGCUGCCUGGGGUGCCAUCGUCUCGCUCUCUGGUUCUGGAUGUUGGAGAAGACCGGCUGGUGCUGACAGCCCGGCCUUCGCUCUUCCACCUUGACAUCUUCCACCCUUUCCUCAUCGACCAGGAGAACAGCGUGGCACAGUACAACAAGAGCACUGAGAUUCUUACAGUCACUAUGCCCGUGGUGUCUUCAUGAAACUGUAAAAGUUACGUCCAGUUAUUUAUGUGUUUUUGUUCAAAAAUGAUGUUGUAUUAAUAAAAAGUUGUUUCUUAGUCA